AUGCCCAUUAGGAAGUCCACCAUUUGUCUGCUAGUACUUCUCGCGGUCUCCAGCUCAUUUGCUGAGUUCGAUGUGAAGAACCGAGUUGUACGUGAUAUAUCUCUAGUAUCAUAUGGAAAUAAUGCAGGUUUCGAUGGAUAUUCGUAUCCUAAACCAUCUAUUCCUUUCCCAGCACCUGCUCCUAAAUCUCCUGGAUACUCUUACCCCAAACCAAGUGUCCCAUUUGUUGAGGUAAGACAACAACCACAAACCAGACCACCACCACCACCACCUCCGACACCUAGGCCAUAUGUGCCUCCUCCACCACCACCUAAGCCAUAUAUUCCACCAGCACCACCAUCAGGUGGAUACUCAUAUCCAAAACCAGUUGUUCCCUUCCCUGUUCCAGAAGUAAGAACAACACAAAGACCAGUUACAAGGCCGCCGCCGCCUCCACCAAGGCCAUACAUUCCUCCAGCACCUGCACCAAAACCUGAUGGUUAUUCUUAUCCAAAACCAGUUGUACCGUUCCCAGUACCUGAAGUUAGAACAACGCAGAGACCAGUCACAAGGCCUCCACCACCACCGCCAACACCAAGACCAUACGUGCCACCACCUCCACCACCAAAGCCAUAUAUUCCACCAGCACCAGCACCGAAACCUGAUGGUUAUUCGUAUCCAAAACCUGUUGUACCAUUUCCAGUACCAGAAGUGAGGACAACACAAAGACCAGUAACGAGGCCACCACCUCCGCCGCCAACACCAAGACCAUACGUGCCACCACCUCCACCACCAAAGCCGUAUAUUCCACCAGCACCAGCACCAAAACCUGAUGGUUAUUCAUACCCAAAACCAGUUGUACCGUUUCCAGUUCCUGAAGUAAGAACCACGCAACGACCAGUGACAAGGCCGCCACCACCACCACCAAAACCAUAUAUACCACCAGCACCGGCACCGCAACCAGGAUAUUCAUAUCCAAAACCAGUAGUUCCAUUUCCAGUACCAGAAGUGAGAACAACUCAGAGACCAGUGACCAGACCACCGCCACCACCGCCACCGCCAAAACCGUACAUUCCACCAGCACCAAAGCCUGAUGGUUAUUCUUAUCCUAAACCCGUUGUUCCAUUUCCAGUUCCUGAAGUAAGAACAACCCAGAGGCCAGUAACAAGACCACCACCACCACCACCAACGCCAAAACCCUAUGUUCCACCACCACCACCACCUAAACCUUAUAUUCCACCUGCACCUGCACCAAAGCCCGACGGUUAUUCAUAUCCAAAACCCGUUGUUCCAUUCCCUGUACCUGAAGUAAGAACAACACAAAGACCUGUGACAAGACCA